AUGAUGUCUCGGUCAGUGCGUGCGGAUACCAGGAGCAGAGCUAAAGAUGACAUUAAGAGGGUCAUGCAAGUCGUGGACGAGGUCCGCCGGUGGGAAAAGAAAUGGGUAACCAUCGGAGAGACUACCAUGAGAAUAUAUAUGGCGUCCCGGCCCUCGAAACACACACACAUACCCACUGAAGGGCAGUCAUAUAAAUAUUGA